AUGGCUGCGGGUAGGAGCAUGGCGAGGUUUAGAGGCCGACGCUUGGGUGUCCUCUGCCUGCUGGCGUGCUGGCUGGGGCUGGCUGCCUACGCCUUCGCGGCGGCAUCCUUAACGCCCAGCUCCGCCCGGGCAAAGACGGUCGCGCGCAGAAACUGGGCCGACGAGUUCCAUGUUAAUGGAGAGGCGCGCAGAAACUGGGCCGACGAGUUCCAGGAGUUCCGCGACAGCGGCUACGACGUGGCGAAGCUGAUGCUCAAGAAGGCCACGGAGACCGGCAAAGGGGACAGACUCCUCGCGGCCUCGCGGACUCUGUCGGACGGAGACGCCAGCCCCGGGGCGCCGACCGCACAAGCUUUGCACGCCAUUCGCGAUCUGCUGGGGUCCCAGGAGGGCAUGCUGCAGCGGGAGCUGAACGGCCUGCGGGGCCAGCUCAGCGCCAUGGACCAGCGCUUCUCGCAGGUCCAAGAACGGCUCCAGGAAUCCGAGGAGCGGGAGGGCCUGCUGGGCAAGCGCCUAACAGCAGCCCUGAAGCAAGAACGCGAAUUGAAGUUCGCCCUUGAGACCGCCCGGCAGCAGUACGAGACGGUGUCGGAGGAGCUGGAGAACCUGCAGGACAGCGAAGGCCGGCUGAAGCGCCAGGUGCAAGAACUCAUCCAGCGGGAGCAAGAGCUGAAGAGCGCCGACGUGGUGAGGCCCAAGGACCUCGAGGAGGUGGAAGCGCUCCGGAAAGAGCGAGACGAGCUACUGCACCGACUGGAGCAGAUCGAGUUGCACGGCCAGGACUACAGCAAGGAGCUGCAGGAAUCUCAGAAGCGCGAGGUGGCGCUGCAGGCGGCACUGGACAACUCCACGGAGCAGAUGGCGGAGCUGAUCACGGCGCUCACCGAGUCCCGAGCCCGCGAGGCGGAGCUGCAGGGCCAGCUGUCUGCUGCGCUGGAGCGGGAGCAGGCCAUGUCGGUGGACCUGCAGGACUCGCAGGCGCGGGAGAAGCAGCUGUCCCAAGAGCUGGAGGAGCAGGCGGUGCGGCUCGCGGACGCGCUGAGCGCCCAGGAGCAGCUCGCAGAGCGCCUGGACGAGACGCUGCGCAAGGCCACCUCCGUGGCUGCAGAGUUGACGACUUCGCGGAAGCACGAAGUGGCCCUCAUGAAGGACCUCAAAGCGUCGCUGGACCGAGAGGAGAAGUUGCAGGAGGAGUUGGAGGCCGUUGCGCGGCCCGUGAGUUGA